AGUGGGUGGGGCCCCAUUUAAUAUUGUAGAAAUGUGAAUGAUGUUGUGAGCGCAGCUAGCUAGUGGAUCCAUCAGAAGCGAUGUCUCGUUUUGGAGGGGCCGUCUACUCAAGGAUCAGUUCCAUGUACAGUCAGUCCAAUACCAUGACCGUGGAGGAGCCUCUCAGUAAUGGAGGGAUGAAGAAACAAGUAUACAACUGCACCACACCCAACUAUGAGGACGCUACUGGCCUCUUCUCACAGUUACUAACAAUCGACGAACAACUUACAACCUACCUGGCAAGAUUUGCUAGCCCUCAGACACAAGCACAAAACCUCCUCAAAAUCCUCUGUAUGUGUCUGGAGCUAAGUGGUCACGGCGUGCCCUGGUUUGCACUCUCAGGUCUCCUACUGGGACUGUAUUUCUACACUGGAGAAGAUUUCUACUUCAAUUAUGGACUUAACCUUUUAUCUAUUCUAGUCAUGGACGUUUCAGUUGUUGCUCCAAUCAAGCUCCUCAUCAAACGACCAAGACCUGCGUUGAAUCGAGGCACUAUCCCACUGAGUAUAUCGUCUGUGGAUUGCUAUGCCUUCCCCUCAGGGCAUGCCUCGAGGUGUGUUGCUCUGGCCGCUCUGUUCUGCUACCUCCCUCCAUUUCAAGUGUGGACUCAUCUGUGGUAUAUCUGGGCCAUUGCUGUAUCACUAUCACGAGUGGGCUUGGGGAGACACCACGUGCUGGACAUUGGCGCUGGUGUGCUCGCUGGGCUCGUUAUAUUUGACCUUGUGAGACGGUUUGGACUAUUAGUUGGUGUUUGAUAGCACAAUUGACUGACUGACUCUUGUUUGUGGUGUAUGUUUUUCUCCUGUUAACAUUCUAUUAAUAAUUGUUUUGGCAUUCUUGUACACAGUUUGUACGUAUAUAUAUUCAGUAUUUUCUCUAGUCGAUAUUUCUUAUAUACAAAAAACAAGUUGCUAUAAUAAUUCAAAGCUCAA